GUGAUUAUCAACACUGGCUGCAGCUCCUGUGUUAUUUAUGUAUUUAUGACUUUAACACUACUAAUAAGUGAAUGCAGUGAUAGUUAACCCGUCCUGUAGUUAGUGUGUACAUCAGUAGAUCAGUGAUAUCAUGGCGGCGGUGGACGUGGAGGAUGAGAGCAUCUUAGCCUCCAUCUUUAAGGACAGCUUCCCGGACAGCUGGAGGCUCAACCCGGACUUCACCUGCUACCUGUCCGAGCUCAGCUCCUUCGGCCUGGACAAGCUGAGCCGUGAACCGGAGCGUCUGGCGGAGGAGCGGGCUGUGAUCCUGCAGCAGACCCGGGAGUUAGCUUUCUCUAACUACCGGACCUUCAUCCGGACCGCAGACUGCACCGAGCACAGCCACCGGGACUUCAGCCGGGUGGAGGACAGCGUGUCCCGGCUGCUGAACAAGCUGCCCGGCUUCACCGAGAGAUGCAGGGGUUUCAUGAAGGAGGCGGAGGAGAUCGGAGCGAGUCGCCGCAUGAACAGCCUCACAUUGAACCGCCACACGGAGAUCCUGGAGAUCCUGGAGAUCCCGCAGCUCAUGGACACCUGCGUCCGCAACGGCUACUACGAGGAGGCUCUGGAGCUGGCGGCGUACGUCAAGAGGCUGGAGAAGAAGCACUCCUCGCUGCCGGUCAUCCAGGGAAUCGUUCGUGAAGUGCGUCAGUCGACUCAGCUGAUGCUCAACCAGCUGUUGCAGCAGCUGCGCAGUAACUCUCAGCUUCCCGUCUGCCUCCGCGUGAUUGGCUACCUGCGGCGGAUGGACGUGUUCACGGAGGCGGAGCUUCGGGUGAAGUUCCUGCAGGCUCGCGGCACCUGGCUUCACUCCAUCCUCGCCGCCAUCCCCGAGGACGACCCCUACUUCCACAUCACCAAAACCAUCGAGGCCUGCAGAGUCCACCUCUUCGACAUCAUCACGCAGUACCGGGCCAUCUUCUCCGACGAGGACCCGCUGAUGCCCCCCGCCAGCGGGCAGGUGAACGAGAGCGCCAUCUUCCACGGCUGGGUGGUGCAGAAGGUGGCGGAGUUCCUGGACAUGUUAGAGAGGGACCUGCAGCGGGGCGUGGGGGGCCGCCUGGACUCCCUGCUGGGUCAGUGCAUGUACUUCGGCCUGUCCUUCAGCAGGGUGGGGGCCGACUUCCGCGGGCAGCUGGCGCCCAUGUUCCAGACGGUGGCGGCGGACACGUUCCACAGAGCGGUGCAGGAGGCGGUGGACAAGUUCCAGGAGGACAUGAACCUGUACACGCUCAUCUCGCUGCCCUCAGUGCUGGGAGGGACCAUCCCCCCCGUGGCCCCCAGCACCCAACCCGGCACCCUGCAGCCCCCCAUGUCCCUGCUGGACUUCCAACCGCUCGCCUGCUUCCUCAACAACAUCCUGACCGCCUUCAACGACCUGCGGCUCUGCUGCCCGGUCGGCCUGGUGCAGGACAUCACCAGAUGUCUGGAGGACGCCCUCAAGAAGGUGACCCGGCAGGUGAUGGUGUUCCACCGGGCGGAGGAGUCGGCCUUCAGCAGCAGAGAGAAGGAGCUGUUUGUUCAGUUCUGCUGCGCCUACGCCGACGACCUGCUGCCGUUCCUCAACCGCUGCCUGCAGGUCCUGUUCCCUCCGGCGCAGCUCGCUCUCAGUCUGGGUGUUCCUGUGACUCACCUGCAGCGGUACGACAGUCUGGGCUCCAUCGAGGUCUCCGUGGUUCUGGAGCCGCUGAACUUCCUGCUUCCUCAGAGAGAACCGCCGCCGCCGCCUGAACCCGAGCUCGACAUCGACGCUGAGCUGAGCAGCCUGACACUCCAACCUCUGAAAGAUCCAACCACGCUCCAGAAAGACCAGAAUCCAGAUCUGUCUGCAGACUCUAAACCAGAACCUGAACCAGCACCAGAACCAGAGCCUGGACCAGCACCAGAACCAGAACUCUCAGAGUCGUCUGAGCAGAACGAUGUGAUUCAGGAUGAAGAGUUUUCUUUAGAGUAACGUCAGAAGAUACACUGACUUUGACUUCAGGGGGAAGGUUUGGUGUUUUUGGGACGUUUGGAGACGUUUAGUUUGUUGGUGACGGACGUCGAGAUCAGGGGGGUCAAACAUGAGGCCCGUGGGCCAGAACCGGCCCGCCAAGGGGUCGAAUCCGGUCCACUUUCCUUCCUUCC